AUGCCAGGGACGCUCCUGCCCCCGAGAUCCCACCGGCAACACGCCCAGAUGGACCGAACGUCUGCCUCCGGGCCUGACCUCUACCUGAUAGCCGAUCAGGACACUGUCUAUGAGCAGGAUCUCUUUCGGGAUCCUGGCAGUGUGAAACCAUGGCUUGCCUAUAUCGAAUACAAGCAACAGCAUGGCACGCUUUACGAGCAAGCAUUUGUAAUGGAGCGUGCUUGCAAACAGCUUCCUAGGUCCUACAAACUCUGGAAGAUGGUCAGUAAUAUUUCCGAAAUUUCCUGCUUCGUUAGCGCCGACCAUUCACUGACCCUCUCACAGUAUCUGGAGUUCCGGACAAGCCAUCUUCGGGGCCGCAAUCCCAUCGUCUAUCGCGCGGAGUACCAUAAGGUGAACGCGCUCUUUGAACGCGCGCUCAUCUUACUCAACAAGAUGCCCCGGAUCUGGGAAAUGUACCUCUCCUUCAUGCUCCAACAACCUCUCGUCACGCAGACACGACGGACAUUCGAUCGCGCAUUGCGCGCAUUGCCUGUGACACAACAUAACCGGAUCUGGAAGCUCUACAAGACUUUUGCGCGUUCCGCAUCUGGCCAGACUGCCGUGAAGAUCUGGGCUCGUUAUAUGCAAAUCCACCCGGAGAAUGCCGAAGAAUACAUUUCACUCCUUGUGGAAAUGGGCCAGUACACAGAAGCAGUCAAGAAGUACAUGGACAUACUGGACAACCCGCGGUUCCAGUCCAAGGAGGGCAAGAGCAAUUUCCAGCUGUGGACCGAGAUGGUGGAUCUCUUAGUCUCCAAGGCGAAGCAGAUUGAAACUGGACCACAAGUUGGAAUUGAUGUUGACGCGAUCCUCCGCAGUGGAAUUGAUCGUUUCGCUGACCAAAGAGGUAAAUUGUGGGCUGGAUUGGCAACGUACUGGAUCACGAAAGGCAAUUUCGAGAAGGCGCGCGAUGUCUUCGAGGAGGGCAUUACUACGGUCAUGACUGUUCGAGAUUUCACCUUGAUUUUCGAUGCGUACGUCGAGUUCGAGGAAUCCAUCAUUGGAAGUUUGAUGGAAGCGGCAGCCGUUCGUGCGGAGAACGGUCAAUCCGACGAAGAUGCCGAUUUCGACCUUGAUCUUCGCAUGUUGAGAUUCGAACAGCUCAUGGAUCGCCGGCCGUUCCUUGUCAAUGAUGUGCUUCUGCGCCAGAACCCCAACAACGUGAUCGAGUGGGAGAAGCGGGUGGCUCUCUGGGGCGAUAACAAGCCCGAAAUCGUGAAUACUUACACCGCAGCUAUCGCUGCAAUCAGCCCCAAGAAGGCCCACGGAAAGUUUUCUGAACUGUGGGUCAACUACGCCAAGUUCUAUGAGAACGGCGGUGAUCUUGACAGCGCUCGCGUCAUCUUCGAAAAGGCCGUAAAGGUUCCUUUCAAAUCUGUCGCCGAACUCGCCGAAACGUGGUGCGAAUGGGCAGAGAUGGAACUGCGCAGCGAGAACUUUGACAAGGCAGUCGAAAUCAUGGCAAAGGCUACACAAGCACCUAAGAAAUCAACUGUCGACUACUUUGACGAGACCCUCUCCCCGCAACAACGAGUGCACAAGAGUUGGAAAUUGUGGAGUUUCUACGUCGACUUGGUUGAAAGUGUUUCGACAUUAGAGGAGACGAAGAAGGUAUACGAACGAAUUUUCGAAUUGCGCAUCGCAACUCCGCAGACUGUUGUCAACUACGCCAACUUGUUGGAAGAACACAAAUACUUCGAGGAUUCCUUCAAGAUCUACGAACGUGGCCUCGAUCUAUUCAGCUACCCCGUUGCGUUCGAACUCUGGAACCUCUACUUGACCAAGGCGGUGGACCGUAAGAUCGGUAUCGAGCGUCUGCGAGACCUCUUCGAACAGGCGCUGGAUGGAUGCCCUCCGAAGUUCGCCAAGCCCCUCUAUCUCAUGUACGGAAACUUGGAAGAAGAGCGUGGAUUGGCGCGACACGCCAUGAGAAUCUACGAACGUGCGACCCGAGCAGUCUCGGACGAAGACCGAUUCGAGAUGUUCGAGUUCUACAUCACGAAGUCUGCCUCCAACUUCGGAUUGACGUCCACGAGACCGAUCUACGAGCGGGCCAUCUCCGCCCUCCCCGAUCAAGAAGCCAAGGAGAUGUGCCUCAAGUUUGCAGAGAUGGAACGUCGACUCGGCGAGAUUGAUCGCGCACGUGCGAUCUACGGCCACGCAUCCCAGUUCUGCGACCCGCGCACCAACGCUGAGUUCUGGCAGAAAUGGGAGGCAUUUGAAGUCCAGCACGGUAACGAAGAUACUUUCAAGGAGAUGCUUCGCAUCAAGAGAAGUGUCCAAGCUCAAUACAAUACCGAUGUCAACUUCAUCGCGUCCCAAGCGAUUGCUCGCAGCCGACAACAGGCCCAGGAGGGCGGAAAGGAAGACACCCAAGAAGGCGAGGAUGGCUCAGCCGAGCGUGCCGAUGCCAUGGCUGCCCUGGAACGACAGGCGCGUGCCCCCGUGGGCUUCGUUGCCGCCAGCACAGGUCCAGAAGGCGGCAAUCGGCCUCCUGCUGGCAAAGAGCAGCCCGUGUCUGCUCCCGUGAAUCCUGAUGCUAUUGACCUCGAUGACGAUAUGGAUGCUGAUUAA